UGUCGGAUCCACUCCUGAUAGAAUCGCGCCAUCAGCCGAGCGUGGACUUUUGAAUGACAUUUGUCCAAGGAGGAGAGGGGUAAACGGAAGAACAGGAGAGUAGAGGAGGCCAGAGCAGAGACAGUGAGAGAGUCUGUCGCGGGAAGGGUGAUGAAAGAGUGAGACUAUGGCCGUGACACAGAAAGUCCCACUGGACAAUGGUCUGGCCCAGGUGUUGUCUGAUGUCCUGGAGGAGGUGAAGCUGUCGAUCAGCAGAGACAUCAACGGAGCUGAUCUGCUACAUGGCCUACUGAGUGCCCCAUGGCUACGCUCACUACUCAAGGUUUAUGAGUGCCUGUUGCAGAAUAAAACGUCUGUGCCCACCCCUCACUUGCCUUACUCAUCUGGACUCUCUCAGGAGGUGAUGGCCAACCUCAGAGAGGUCACGACUCCGACACCAGACAUUCUGGAACUUUACCGGCUGCUGGAGAAACCUCACGUGCAGGCUCUGCUGUUGACCCAUGACACGGUGGCCAAGCGUGACUAUGACCCUGUCCUGCCCCCCAUGCCCCCCGAUAUGCCCCUCGAUGAGGAGGCCAUCAGGAUAGUCUGCAUGGUCAAGAACAAGCAGCCACUGGGUGCCACUAUAAAGAAGGACCUGAAGACUAAAGACAUCCUAGUGGCCAGAGUCAUACAUGGAGGCUUAGCAGACCGCAGUGGUCUCCUGAGCCCAGGUGAUAAACUGCUGGAGGUCAAUGGGAGGCCUAUGAGAGGAAUGGAUCCAGAACACGUCAUCCAGAUCCUGACUAACUCCAGAGGAACGUUGGUGUUGAAAGUAAUCCCCAAUUCACCCCAGCCAGACAGCCAACACGCUUCAGUGUUUAUGCGUGCCCUGACAGACUAUGUCCCGGUGCAGGACCCCUCUAUCCCCUGUGCCGCAGCGGGGAUGGCCUUCAGUAAGGGGGAUCUGCUGGAGGUGGUCGACCAGACAGAUGCCCUCUGGUGGCAGGCUCGUAAACUGCACAGUGCCAACCCCUGCGCUGGACUCAUACCCUCCACUAGUGCACUGAAGAAGAAGCUGAGGGAAGUAUGGUUCUCAGAGCCCUCCAUUGGUCACACCUGUAUCAACCCCUGUGAGUCAUCACAAGAUGAUGAGUUCUGGCUCAUUGACUUCAACUUGAACGAGACAGAUGAGGACGCAGUAGAAACUGAUGAGGCUGAGGGUGACUACACCAAGGAAGGCAUCUACACCGCUGGAUUCCGUCGCAGCAUUCGCUUGUGGCGGCGAAGGACGCAGAGCAAUCGGCGUCAGUCCUGUCAAUUGUGUUGCCCUAGCAAUAGCCACAGCUCCUUAGCCAAUCCCUACGAGGAGGUGGUCACCUUCCAGAGGAACCCCGAGGACCAGCCCCGUCUGAUUGCUCUAAUAGGUCCGUCUGGUGUAGGGGUGAAUGAGUUGAGGAAGAGGAUCAUUAAAAUCAACCCCUACAAGUUCCAAGGAGCCAUUCCCCACACGACGCGCCCCCUGAAGUACUGUGAACAAGGCGGGAGGGAAUAUCACUUCAUCAGCAGAGAGCUGUUUGAAUACAUGGCUUACAACCGCAGGUUCCUGGAGUAUGGCGAGUUCAAGGGUUACUUCUAUGGCACCAGCGUAGACGCCAUUAAGGAGGUCAUCGACAGCGGGAGAGUUUGUAUCAUCGACAUCGAGCCUCACAGCCUGCAGUCCAUCAGGACGAAGCUUCUUCAGCCCUUCAUCAUCUACAUCAAGCCUCCGAGCCUGGAGAGACUGCGACACACACGCCGCAGCGCACGCAUCAUCACACCCUACCACCUCGACCGCAGCUUCAGGGAGGAGGAUUUUCGUGAGAUGGAGGCGUCGUCGGGGCGACUGGAGGGCCAGUACGGUCACCUCUUUGACCGCGUGCUGGUGAAUGAGGACCUAAGGGAGUCAAGCCUACAGCUCUUCAACCUUAUACAGCACGCACAGGACGACCCACAGUGGAUACCUAAAGCAUGGACACUACCCGACGACCCCUAACACACACACGCGCA